UUCGCGUAGUUGUGUGAGUAGGAGGUCGAGAGAGCCAGUGCGUAGCGACCACCAACACGUCGCCACACAUACACAGAAGAUGGCGGAGCAUUCGUUGCAGCUUACGGCUGAUGAGAAAGCGGAAUUAGCGGAAUUGUUCGACACAGUCGAUGUCGACGGUAACGGCUACGUCACGGUGGACGAGCUGGGUGACGCACUGAACACUGUCGGCAUCAAAAUCGCACCGUACGAGGUGCGGCGGCUCAUCAACGAGUAUGACCUCGACAAGGAAGGCUCGCAGGGAAGGGGCAAGCUGCAGUUUGAGGAGUUUCAGCAGCUGUGCAUCAGUCUGCGCUCCAAGGACAUUGCCACGAAAUUCCGCAAGCUGGUUACGAAGCGGACGAACCUGGACACCCUCAGUGGUAUGUCGCAGGCAUCGGCCGAGGGAACGACGCACUCUGUGCGCCACGAGGAGGAGGUAGCCUUCUCUGACUGGAUAAACACAAACCUGGGUCAUGACCGUGAUGUGGGUCAUCUCCUACCAAUAGAUGCAGAUGGCAAGAGCUUGUACGCAAAAGUGAAUGACGGAAUACUUCUUUGUAAGAUCAUCAACCACUCGGUGCCAGAGACGAUCGACGAGCGCGCGAUCAACAAGAAGAACCUGACCAUCUACCGCAAGCACGAGAACCUGGUGCUGGCGCUGAACUCGGCAUCGGCGAUCGGCUGCAACAUCGUCAACAUCGGCGCCGCCGACCUCGAGCAGGGCAAGCCGCAUCUCGUGCUCGGCCUCGUCUGGCAGAUCAUCAGGAUCGGACUAUUCAACCAGAUCGAUCUUCAGCACUGUCCUGGCCUCGCUGCUCUUGUACAAGAUGGAGAGAGGCUGGAGGACAUGAUGAAGCUGUCUCCUGAGAGCAUCCUCAUCCGCUGGGUGAACUAUCACCUGGAGAGGGCCGGCGUCAGCAAGCGAGUGUCAAACUUCACCUCAGACAUCAUGGACUCUGAAGCGUACAUCCACUUGCUUAACCAAAUCGCACCAAAGGAGGCUGGAGUGACUACAACUGCUAUCCAUGAGACUGACAAGUUGAAGCGUGCUGAAUCAAUGCUGUGUGAGGCAGACAAGAUCGACUGCCGAGCAUUUGUGACCGCACAGGAUGUUGUCAGUGGCAACAGCAAGCUUAACACUGCCUUCGUCGCAAACUUGUUCAACAUGUACCCGGCGCUCGACAAACCUGAAGACAUUCCUGACUGGGAAAUGGAGGGAGAAAGCGCAGAGGAGAAGACGUAUCGCAACUGGAUGAAUAGUAUGGGUGUGAGUCCCUAUGUGAACUGGCUCUACAGUGACUUGUGUGAUGGACUCAUCAUUUUCCAGUUGUAUGACAUCAUCAAGCCUGGCAUCGUCAAUUGGAAUCGUGUACACAAGAAGUUUUCCAAGUUGAAGGCCUUCAUGGAGAAGAUCGAGAACUGUAACUAUGCUGUCGAGCUGGGAAAAGAGCUGAAAUUUUCCCUGGUUGGUGUUGGCGGCCAGGAUCUCAAUGAAGGAAACCAGACACUCACACUAGCGUUGGUGUGGCAGUUGAUGAGGGCAUACACUCUUAGCAUCCUGACUCAGCUGAGUGGAGCUGGCCACCCAAUCGUAGAAAGGGAAAUCAUUGUGUGGGUCAAUAACAAGUUGAAAUCCAGUAACAAGAAGUCAUGCAUCACAAGUUUCCAGGAUCCGAGUAUAGGUAAUGCGCGGGUCGUGAUUGACCUAGUCGAUGCGAUCAAGCCAGGCUCCAUCAACUAUGACGUCGUCAGGAGUGGUCUAAGUGAACAGGAUCGCAUGCUGAAUGCUAAAUACGCUAUCUCGAUGGCAAGGAAGACUGGUGCCAAGGUAUAUGCUCUGCCAGAGGACAUCGUCGAGGUCAAAUCCAAGAUGGUGAUGACCGUAUUCGCUUGCCUCAUGGGCCGUGCUUACAUCCCUUCCACAGGCACCGUGGUUGGCAGCAAUGGAACAAACGGGCAGUAGAUGUGGUUUCGUCAGGUGUUGGAUCACCUGUGUCGGCAUGCAAUGGCACCAGAACACUUUUUCGUGCACGUGUCUGUGUGCAUUAACUCUGCUCUAUAUUUCAAUGUUAUCUUUGUUUAGUUGUUUAAACGGAGGUUUGAUAUUCAUUUUCAUUUAGUAUUGCCCAUGACAUGGCCACAUGCCCAUUUAGAAUAGAGGAAGCUCUGUAGUGUGGGGCAACAUCACCACCAUCGCCUCUUCAAUUUUUGUCUCAGCACAAUAGGAAAUCAGUAAAUUUGGUGUAUAUGUUGUCACUACAGUAAGGAUAAACAGCCAACUGAUAAACAUUCCAGACGGGUAAAUGCAUUGAAGAAAAUACAUCGAUAGACCAUAAACAAGCAUUCCAACUCUUUUUAAAUGCACUUGGUUGUAGUAACGAUAUACACCGAUGAAUCAUUUUGUAGUUGGGAUCAAAUAACGCGAGAUGCCUUGUGAUGAUGAAAGGUUCAAUUCUAAAAAAUAGGCGAGCUGGUUGUUUAUGAGCAUCACAUAUUGAAUGUGUUUUUUAGUCACAGUUUAUGGGAAUUAUGUGUGUAAGAAAUCGACCAAUUAAUAUCCAGUGUUGUGUCUUGUUUUGCAAAAUCCUAUUUAAAAAAAUUUGUUUAUAUUCCGUCAUUUUAUUGUAGAAAAAUACUUGAGAUUACAAUUGUGUGUGACCGCUGGGCCUUUCAUAUAUACCAUAUAUUGGAAUAAAAUAUACUAUUAACUAAACCCAUUGGAGUAGCAUCACUGAGCAAACAAAGUUUUUAAUUAUUUUACCGCAGGCCUUUGGGCUACUGGACAUUCUGGUAAUGUUUGAUGAGUCGUUAUUGUGUGUAGUUUGUGAAAAAUACUGUUGGUUGUGCUGUUGUUUUUAUAUGAAAACGUGUUACAUUAUUGUUAGCCUUGCUUACCGUUUUCGCAUUUCGAAUUUUUAGAUACCCACUUCAACUCCCUGUAUUAUUCAGCGUUGCCUUACUAUAUCUGCUCAGGCUGGUAGUAUGUGUGAUAUCUACAUACUGCCGUAUGUUAUCUUCAUUCUGAACUGCUUGUGAUGGUUGCAAGCAAUGCAACCAUGUCCUCUGUGAUGAAUUGGCUUUUAUCGUACAAGUGUUGUGCCUAAAUGAUAAACGUCUCGUACGUGGGUCUAGAAAGCCUAAGAAUAUGUUACUGAGGUACAUAUUUUCCAUUGCAUUAUAGUUGUUUUUCAAAAUAAACAGCGUGCCACGGACGAUAAGCCGCUCAGUAGCGGUAUUGUGAAACUCUGUGUCAAAAAGGGGAAUUUUUAUAGAAAUUUCCAAAGCAACCCAAGUGAGUAAUCGGGUAACAGUUAAUCUAUGCAUGUUCAGGUUAGUGACUGCAGACGAUGAUCGUUGGGUUGUUGUAGCCAUGUUGAACUUUUACACGAUUAUUCAUAGAGUGCGUUGAUGUAUUUUUCUCUUACUGACACCCCGCAUUUAUAGAAUUAGGUAGUAAAUGGUUAUCAUGUUUCGGUUAUGAGCGUGAGCGUUUUCGCUGUGUACUUACACGUUAGAUAUUAAGAAUGUUAUAUUGUCUUACAGGUACACUCGAACUCUUUUAAGGAAAUCAGUUACAUAUAUAUAUAUAUUAUAUACAAACAGACUGGUUUUAUAACCAUAUUCCAUGAAAAACGUACAUAACUUUAAUUCGCCGUUAAUUUGCUAUGAAAUAAAGUGAAAUAUCGUUAUUGUAAA